AUGGCCCGAUUUUCGUGGCUUCUCUUUGCGCUCGUCGUUCUCCUAUCAGCAUCGUCCACGUCAGCGCUGGUCUUCACGCUGCUGAAGCGCGAGUGCUUCCAGCAUUUCGUGCCGAAAGGCGGCGAGACGGUCCACGUGUCGUUCGUCGUGAUCAAAUCGGAUUACAACUGGGGGGGAGGCGAGCAGGCGAAAAUCGAUCUAAUGGUGGAGGACCCCAGGGGCCAUGUGCUGCGGAAGAUAGAGGCGAGGACGGACGACAAUUUCAUGGUCACCGCCGCAGUAGACGGAUUCUUCAAGUUCUGCUUUACGACGGACUCUGCCGUGCAUGAAUCCGUGGCGUUCGAUGUGGAGAACGGCCACCCAAUCACCACUGAACACGUGGCAAAGAAUGACCAAAUCGAACCGCUGUUGAAGGAGGUGCAUCGGCUGCAGAGGGAGGUGAUGCGCACCAAGCAUGAGAUCCACUACUCCUUCUACCUCGCGGAGCAGCAUGCAGAGGGUGAGUGGGUGGUAGCACGGCAAGAUGAGGAUCUUGAUAGCAGGGGGUUGCGUUGA